UUAGCCCAGGGUGGCCCUAUGCAGCCACACAUGUGCCAUGAGAUACCCUCUAGUACCUCUGCUGAACAACCUCACAUAUCCUGUCCUGGUUUUCUGCCUAUGCCUGCCUGUGGGUUUGCUGGUGUUCUUGUUGAUCAUCUGGUUCUGCUUCUUACUUAGCCAAGAUUCAGAGGAAGGUGCACCAGAUUUGUGCUUCCACUGGGAUUCCUGGAGCAAAGGCUCACCUGACCUUUUCUGGGAGGGGACACUACAUGGGCAAGAGGAACAAAGGCUCUCCUAG